CUCAUCCUCAGAUGUGAAGAGACUAAAGAAAUACUAAUAGUCUUCUGUAGGUUAUCACACAUAAUAAAAUGGAGAUGUGCUUUGGAUUACUGCAGACCCGCGGACCUAAGACGUCAUGGAUCAGCUUGAUCUUUCUUUGCUCAUUGCUGUGCACAUGGACUAGUGUAGAGUGCUGGUCCUACUUCUACUCUAACACCAACAACAUGAGUUGGCCUCAAGCCCGAGCCUGGUGCCAGGAGCACUACACAGACAUGGUGGCCAUCCAGAACCAGGAGGAGAUCGGGCAUCUCAACAGCUGGCUGCCCAAGAAACGCACCUACUACUGGAUCGGCAUACGCAAGGUCGAACAUGUCUGGACCUGGGUCGGAACCGGCAAGGCUCUGACAGCAGAAGCAACCAACUGGGCAAAGGGCGAGCCAAACAAUGGCAAAGGUGUAAAGCGUACGGGGGUGAAAGAGGAUUGUGUGGAGAUGUACAUUAAAAGUGAUUCGCAGCCGGGAAAAUGGAACGACGAGCGCUGCGAAAAGUUGAAGACCGCUCUCUGCUACACAGCGGCCUGUAAGGACGACUCGUGCCGCUAUGGAGAGUGUGUGGAAACCAUCAACAGCCAUGAGUGUGCUUGCUUCGAGGGCUUUUACGGAGAGAAGUGUGAGCAAGUUGUCCAGUGUAACAUGGAGGAGGUGACCGUUCCAUAUAAAGGAAGUGUAAAUUGCACUCAUAUGUACGGGAACUUCUCUUACGACUCCUCGUGCCAGUAUUCAUGCGAGGAAGGAUACCAGCUGAGUGUGUCACGGCCCCUGAAGUGCAACGCCUCCCAACAGUGGUCCGAGCGGCCUCCUUCAUGUGAAUUGGUCCAGUGUCAGGUGCUCUCAAGUCCAGCAGGAGGAUCCAUGAAGUGCUCCGAUCCUCUGGGCAACUCCAGCUACCAGUCCACCUGUGUGUUUACCUGUGAUGAAGGCCACGUCCUCGCCGGCUCCCCGUCUAACACCCUGCAAUGUGAAGCCUCAGGGAUUUGGAACGCUUCGCAGCCGCUUUGUCUCGCUGUCCAGUGCCCCUCUCUCCAGCAGCUGGACAAUGGAUUUGUCAGCUGUGGGGACGAUGCAGAUGUGAUGUUCAGCUACGGAAACACCUGCAGCUUCAGCUGUGGCCCCGGGUACCACCUGGUGGGACCGAGCAAGGCGGCAUGCACGUCAGCAGCUGUGUGGAGUGACAGGAAGCCUCGCUGUGAAGCCAUCACUUGCCAGAAUCCAGAAGCAGGAGCUCACCUCGUCACCCAGUGCAGCCGACCUUUGACUAAACUGUGGCCGAACUCCACCUGCAGCUUCAGCUGUGAAGCAGGCUUUGAACUGCAGGGAGCGCCCAGCACUCAGUGUUCUGAAGGCGGACAGUGGAGUGAAGCCGUACCUACCUGCAAAGCAAUAGGAUGUCCCGCUCCUGAGAUCCCAACAAGUGCCCAGAUCAGUUGCAGCCCACCUCUGUCUUCACCUGCGUCUACUGUGACCCCCCAUCCACUUGGUACGGUCUGCAUUUUCAGCUGUGAUGAAGGCCACGAGCUGCAAGGUGCACUCAGCAUGGAGUGUGCAAAUCCAGGCCAGUGGACCUCCGCACCACCAAACUGCACAGCAGUGAGAUGCCCAUUGCUCGAGGCUCCUGAAAACGGUCAUAUCAACUGCUCCAACAGUGGCUUUGUCAGCCGUGGGGUCGAUGCAGAUGUGAUGUUCAGCUACGGAAACACCUGCAGCUUCAGCUGUGGCCCCGGGUACCACCUGGUGGGACCGAGCAAGGCGGCAUGCACGUCAGCAGCUGUGUGGAGUGACAGGAAGCCUCGCUGUGAAGCCAUCACUUGCCAGAAUCCAGAAGCAGGAGCUCACCUCGUCACCCAGUGCAGCCGACCUUUGACUAAACUGUGGCCGAACUCCACCUGCAGCUUCAGCUGUGAAGCAGGCUUUGAACUGCAGGGAGCGCCCAGCACUCAGUGUUCUGAAGGCGGACAGUGGAGUGAAGCCGUACCUACCUGCAAAGCAAUAGGAUGUCCCGCUCCUGAGAUCCCAACAAGUGCCCAGAUCAGUUGCAGCCCACCUCUGUCUUCACCUGCGUCUACUGUGACCCCCCAUCCACUUGGUACGGUCUGCAUUUUCAGCUGUGAUGAAGGCCACGAGCUGCAAGGUGCACUCAGCAUGGAGUGUGCAAAUCCAGGCCAGUGGACCUCCGCACCACCAAACUGCACAGCAGUGAGAUGCCCAUUGCUCGAUGCUCCUGAAAACGGUCAUAUCAACUGCUCCAACAGUGAGCCAGUGUUGAAUUCACAGUGCUCCUUCACAUGCAAUCAAGAUUACUCAUUAGAUGGACAUGAGCUGCUGACCUGUGAUCGUCAUGGCAAUUGGACUAGUGGACAGAAACCCACCUGUCAAGCUCCCCCAUCUCCGGUCAUUGCCAUUGCUUCUGGUGUGGCAACAGGGGGCGCUCUGUUGUCUGGCCUGUCUCUGGCUGUGUGGAUCCUGAAACGACUGAAACAGAGGGCAACCAAGUUUGAGCUUAACAGCAACUCGGACAUAGAGGCCCCUCCGCAAGUCUACAAAAGCAGCAUUGACAGCCUCAUAUAGAACAGUCAUAUUCUUCAGAGACAACUUCGGACAACUGAAUGUAUCUCUAACAAUAACUGUACGUGAGUCACCUGUCAUAGUAAUGUGAACAAUAUGAAUACGUAACAUUAGUAUGAAACUUGUUGUUAACAAACUCAACGUGUGAGUGCUAUUUCAUGAUGAGAGAUUACUAUAUUAUGUAUUGUUGAAUUUCAUGAUUUGCUCUGAUUUUGUCCAGAUAUGUACUGUAUUUCCUCCCAAGGGGAGUUAUAUAUUGAACACAUUGUUCUAAAGCUUUACAAGUAUGCUGAAAAGGUGGCUCUAUUUGUGUUAUUGUAAAUAUAUAUAUAUAUAUAACUCCACAAAUGCCAUGUCGUGCAGAACUGUGAAUUUAUUUUUUUGUAUUUCCGUAUUUAUGUAAUAUUUAUGUAACCGAUGGUGAUUGCAUUUGAAAUGCUCAUUCAUAUUUCUGUAUUCUUAAAGCAGUGCUCAUUUCUAAACAUAAUAAAAUGUGAAACUUUC